UUUUGUACUUUUGUAUUUUAAUCAAAAUGUUUAUCUGAUAUUAAUUAAAAUAUACUGUUUUUUUACUUGUAUCCAUCAAAUUUUAACUUGCUACCUGUACUUUAUAAGUAGUUACUUAAAGAACAUAGUUAUAUUCAAUAUUAAUAGGUAGUGGGAAUAGGUAUUCAUAAAAUAAUAAAUUGAAUACUGAUGACGGAUACUUAUUUUUGUUGGUAAGAAAUAAUGGGGUCCAGGAAAUUCAUCCUUGUUCUAUGUUUCAUCACUAUAAUUUUCUUUGCCACAUCCCUCCAGCUCUUCAAUGAAGUGUACAGAAAAACAAACACAGUGAUUGAUGAACUAUUUCACAUCAGACAAGGGAAAGCUUUUUGUGAACAGAACUUUACAUCAUGGGACCCAAAGAUUACCACCCUACCUGGUCUUUACCUGGUUACGUCAUUGUACAACUCCCUUGGUAUAGCUUGUAACACAUACAAUCUCAGAUUUAUUAAUUUGAUUGGCUCUUGUAUAAAUUUAUUACUGUUUGCUACAUUGUUGAAGUUUACAUAUGGAUCAGUUUUGUCAAGUCAAACUCAAAUUGUUCUUCAAGCUUUAAAUUUUGCUUUUCUGCCUCCAUUGUACUUCUUUUCAUUUGUAUAUUACACAGACACACUGUCACUAAUGUUUCUUUUAUUAUUUACUAUUAGUUGUGUAGUGUUUAAGAGUAAGGGGCUUGUGUUUGUAUUUGGGCUGUCAAGUGUUAUGAUGAGACAGACUAAUGUUUUAUGGGUUGCUAUGGUCUUAGGCCAUAAGAUAUUAGAUUUGCUUAUUAGAACUUCAAGAGUAUUUGGGAACCAGCAUCUAUCUGGAUUACAUGUUGGAAAACAUUCACUGUUAGCAAAGGAUAUUGAUUCAUCAAAAUUGAAGAGGUAUUAUGCAAUUCAAGAUGUAUUUAUUGCUCUACGAUAUCACCUAUCGACAUGUUUCAUGACCAUAUUUAAGUUUCUAACGGUCUCUGAUGCCAUUAUGAUUGUACAGAAUCUUUUAGUGUUGAUAUUCUUUUCUGUAUUUGUGUAUGUUAAUGGAUCAAUAGUUGUCGGUGAUAAGACUGCACAUCAAGCUACUAUUCAUUUACCUCAGUUAUUCUAUUUCUUGCUUUUCUACGGUGUUUUUGGACUUCCAUAUGUCUUAACUAAGUUACCAACAACACUUAAGCUAAUUUACACAAAUAGAAUAAGAGUAAUCCUGUUUGUAAUUGCUAUUUUAAUAAUUGUUCAUUAUAACACUCUGGCACAUCCAUAUUUAUUAGCGGAUAAUAGACACUAUACAUUUUACAUAUGGAACCGCUGGUUCGGUAGAUAUGUAUAUGCAAAGUAUUUAUUGGCCCCAGUUUAUGUUUUCUUACUGUUUAGUUUGUAUGAUAAUCUAAAAGACCAGAACUGUGUGUCAUUCCUGCUCCCCUAUUCUAUAUGUUUGAUGUUAUCUUUAGCACUACAGAAGUUACUUGAUAUUAGAUAUUUUUUGGUGCCAUACAUUAUUUUAAGAUUAAGAUUUGUAAAACCCUCAGCCUUGCUGAUAUCUGUUGAGUUUCUUUGGUACCUCGCAAUAAAUUUUGCUACAUUUUAUAUAUUUUUCACCAAAGAAAUUAAAUGGACGGAAUUUGAAGAGUCUCAGAGAAUCAUUUGGUAAAUUGGAUCGUCUAUAGUAUUAUAUACUAGUACAUUGUAUUUCAUGAGAUAAGUAAUGUAUAUGGUGAAUUGCAACACAAAAGCAGUAUUUUCUAUUUGGCCUAUAGAAGUGUCCCUUGCUAAUUAAUUAAAUAAGAAUUUCUAUUUUGUUUAAAAUAUCCAUCCAGCUUAUGCUUGCAUUGAUCAAUAUUUAUACAAAAAAAAAUUGUUAAAAUAUUAUUUUGAAUUUAAAAUAAUAAAAAGCUACCUUUCUUUGUGCAAUCAAUUAAAUAAUUCAAUUUACAUUUAAAAUUUCGACAUUAUAUAAUUAUGUAUUGUUAAUAAUUUAAAUAUACUAUAUCCUACUUUAAUUUCGUCUAAACGUAUCUUGAAAAACCUAUAAUAGUUCCAUUUUGUAAAAGUAAUAAUAGUUUCAUUCAUUAAAAUAAGAUUUAGGAGUCUAGUCAAGUCCUGAAUGGAUUUUAACUUGCAAUAGGUAUAAUUAUAAUAAUGUUUUUGUAAUUAUGAUGAAUUUUGAUAUUAAAUAAAUAUGAUAUAA